GAAGGAGGAGGAGGAGGAGGGGGCGGAGGAGGAGGAGGAGGAGGAGGAGGGGGCGGAGGAGGAGGAGACAGGAAAGUGAAAGUAAAAAGCAUAGUGUCAUUAGAGCAGCUAAGGAUCAGAACACUUUCACAGUACUCAGCAGGAGAGACAACAGUGUGAGUCUGUCCGUCCCCUGGCAGCAUGUCCCCCUGGAGAGUCCUGUCCUCCCUGUGGCUCAUCUUUUCCCUGAUCGACCCGUCGAAGGAAGGCUGCUCCGAUUAUUUAAAGCUGGACACAUGGACCGGAAAAGAUCUCAUACGCACUUUACCACUGGCGCAAAAUAAGGAUCUCAUAGACAUACUCAACUGUACCCUGCAGCUCGAAUAUAAAAACAAAACUGAGAAUGAUAUCCUUGUGAAUGACACACUGUAUAACGUACUACUGGACUGCUUCGAUUUUCAGCCUCAGAUUGAAGAGGAGACGAUCUGCAAGGGCCUCAGUUCUCAGAAUAUCUCCUUCUAUCACCUCAUGUGCUUGGUGGCCAAAUCACAGGGCUACCCUCCUAAUGGUGUCGCUCCUGAAGGCUGUAAAUAUGAAACUGUGUACGAACUUUAUGUUCAAGUAUCUGCUGUGGCUGCAAAGAAAACAACACCACCAAUCACAGAGUCGACAACAGCGACAUCAGCAGCGACAGUAUCGUCACUUAACACAACACCAGCACCGCCACCAACAACAGCAUCACCACCACCACCACCCUCACCAACACCAGUAACAACCACAGUCAAACAUGAGGGAGGAAACGUGGCUGCAAAGACAACAACACCACCAAUCACAGAGUCGACAACAGCGACAUCAGCAGCGACAGUAUCGUCACUUAACACAACACCAGCACCGCCACCAACAACAGCAUCACCACCACCACCACCACCACCAACACCAACACCAGUAACAACCACAGUCAAACAUGAGGGAGGAAACGUGGCUGCAAAGACAACAACACCACCAAUCACAGAGUCGACAACAGCGACAUCAGCAGCGACAGUAUCGUCACUUAACACAACACCAGCACCGCCACCAACAACAGCAUCACCACCACCACCACCCACACCAACACCAGUAACAACCACAGUCAAACAUGAGGGAGGAAACGUGGCUGCAAAGACAACAACACCACCAAUCACAGAGUCGACAACAGCGACAUCAGCAGCGACAGUAUCGUCACUUAACACAACACCAGCACCGCCACCAACAACAGCAUCACCACCACCACCACCACCACCACCACCACCACCACCAGUAACAACCACAGUCAAACAUGAGGGAGGAAACGCUAACAGCAGUACAGGCUCAAGGGAAGCCUCGAACACGCAGGUCAUGAGUUUGUUAAUCAUCUCCGUCACCCUGAACUUCGUGCUGCUGCUGCUGGUUGUUUUCUUCUUCAUGCGCCAGAGGACACAGCAGAGGACACAGAACCCGACUCACCAGCGUCUAAACCUCUGGUCUCACCAGGAUGAAUCCUCCGUGUUGGACGAAACCAGUGAUGAUCCAGAACCCCUUCCACUGAUACCGGUCAAAACCAAGCCAGUCUGUCCCCACGUCCACUCGCCCUCAGCUGAUACAACCAGGAACCCAUGCACUGCUGGAAACGGAUCAGAGUCACAUUAAGCACCGUGCUCACAACUUUGUAUAUUGUCAUUAUAAAAAAGAGCCGUGGGAAGAAACACAGGAGGGAUCAGCUCCACGCAGGACUGAGUGACUGUGGUAUGCGACGGCCUUUCAUGGAGUAGAAACUGUGACUGGAGCACUCGCCCCCGGACAUGAGGGGGAGUGGGCGGGCCGCGGCAUGUCGCUUCCCAGCCGCUCAGCCAGACGAGCUCCUGCAGGACCUCAGGCGCAGCCAAACGAGGGGACGGGGGGGUUGCAUCAGACCAGGACCGGUUUGACUGUGAGCUGGGGUUUGUGAGAAGCAGGAGGAAGAAAGGACGACUCUAACCUGUAUUAUAAUCACCCUCGAAACCUUUCACACGACUGGAGUCUCACCAGAUGGUUUGUGGUUCGGUGGAGCUUCAUUAGAAUCACAGCUGCAGUCACACUGCCAGCGUUUAAGAUGAAUUAUAAAAAAGAAUGUGAUGUGAUAUCAAGGAAACUACAGCUGGCCCUGCUCACCACUGUCACAUGGGAAAUAUCAUGAUAUUAAUCUGUAAAUCACAGUGUUGAGAUUAUAAAUGUGCACCGUCCGUCAGCACUGGAGUCAGCGCUCUCACUUUCAGGACCGUUGUUCAUUAGCUUCUCUCCGGCUCCGUCCAGAUUUAUAAUAGAACAUUUGCAGGGGGAGUGAACUGCACCACUGGUUGCAGCUGUUUCCACUGCAUGCACUGGUUUUUAACGAGCUAUGCUAAGCUAGGUCUAGUGUUAAAUGUAUGUAAUCAACUUCCGCAGUAUUGUACUUUCAGAGUAAGUGUGGCUGGUCCUCACCUUGUGACCCACUUUUGAUGUUUGAGUGAGAUUUGCUUUUAGGGUUUGGACGGAUGGAUGAUCCAGAGGUCGGUUCAGGGGUCACAUCCCAUGAGAGGUGUCGUGCUUUUCAGAGCAGGUGUCAGGGUCUCAUCUUUACAUGGUCUUCAAAACAGACAGGAAAAAGCAUCUUUCAUCACAAAUAUAAAUAUUUACCUUAUUGCCAGUAUUCUGUCGACUGAAUAUGUUCAUUUGUUUUAACGCGGUGUGUGUGGCCAGGCGUUCGGGGACAGUAGGGAAUGCAUCGUGCCACCGAGUGUCCAAGAGGUUUUGUGUGUGUCCAGGUCUGACAUUAUAGGAACCAAAUAAUGACAGUUUAAGGUUUAGUCUCCAGGAACAAAUGUAUGUCACUGUAAUGCCACUGAAGUGAUGGAGACAGACAUCGUGUACUUAGCUGUGUUUUCUGCCUUCAAGCUGCAGCAAUGACCUCAAUCAAGUGUUUCCCACACUCCUCAGAUGGCAGCAGGUUAAUCUGCUGCCAUCUGAGAGAGUGGAUGGUUCAGCAGCAAGUCUCCGAAUGUGUCUCAGCAUGUUGUGUAUUGUAACCAGGACACUGAAGCUAUUCCUGGUUUGUGUAAUUUAACUGAACUGGGAUGUUUGUCUGUUUUGUAAAACUGUGAAGAAAUGCAUGCAUUGUGUACGUGUGUGAGUUUGUAGAUGUUUUCUGAUGGCAGAUGAUUUUGGGGAAAGUCAGACUUCGCAGGUAAAAAAGUCGAUGCAGCUUAAUGUUCCAGGAAGCUUUCAAAUGUGCAUAUAUGAAAUUACUUAACAAAGAAAUGUUCCCUUCUUUGACAUUAAAAUGAACAACAGGGCUUCAUUGGUGCAGUCUUCACUUUUAUCGUCCUUAAAUCAGUCAAAUCAGUUGCCAAGUUUUUUCUGAGGGAAGUAUUUUAGUUUUUAAAUGCUCAGCUGCCCUGGAGAAAAAGAUCUAGGAAACUGAUUGUAUUAAAUUUAUGUUUACUUCAUAUGUUACUGGACAAGUUCACUUAUAACUGAGUUGCAUUUAUUUGAUUUUUUCCAAAAAUAUUAAACUUAGAAAUGGGAAUUGAAAA